CCCGCUCUUCCCAACAAGGCAACCAACGUAUUGAGCAGCAAGGCAUUUCGCAGCUUCGGCGACAAGAUAAGAGAAUGCGUCAGGAAGGCAUGACUGGCGGCGGGAGCAAGCUGCUUCCCGCCAGACCUGUGGGACCUAGUGAGCGCAUUAGGGGCGGAGCAAACCGGGAUCGCUCGCGAGUUCGCAGCUGCGCAGAAUCGCAUUUCCGUCUCCGCCUCCGAGCCACUGCAGAGCCAUCUGUCAUGGCGGCGGCGCUCUUGGGAUUGUGCGCUCGCCGCUGUUUGGCGGCCACAGCGACGCGAGGGCUCCCGGCUGUCCGCGUCCGCUGGGAAUCCAGCGCCUCUAGGGGUGUGGUUGCUCCGCCCGCCAUGGUGGGGAAACGGCCACCGGAACCGACGCUGCGCUGGCAGGAGGAUCCGGACCCCGAGGACGAAAACCUCUAUGAGAAGAACCCAGACUUCCAUGGUUAUGAUGAGGAUCCUGUUGUGGACCUCUGGAACAUGCGAGUCGUCUUCUUCUUUGGCGUCUCCAUUGUCCUAGUCCUUGGCAGCACCUUUGUGGCUUACCUGCCUGAUUACAGGAUGCGUGAGUGGGCUCGCAGGGAAGCUGAGCGGCUUGUGAAGUACCGAGAGGCCAAUGGCCUCCCCAUCAUGGAAUCCAAUUACUUCGACCCCAGCAAGAUCCAGCUGCCAGAGGAAGAGGACUGAUGGGUUGCCAAGGGGGGCUCAGGAAUCCCCACCCUCCCCACCCCUCUGUCUGCCUUCCUGCCCAUUCCUCAGAGCACCUAAUUAAAGAGACCGAAAAUCUGA